CUCAGAAGUUAAAAAUAAGUUAUCAUAGUUUUCCUCCUUCUCGACCAUGAAUGCCGUGAUAUGUCGACCAAAACUUGAUAUGAAUCAAAUUCAUAUCACUUCAGUGAAGACGAGCAAUUGGUACACCGAGGAGCAUAAUAUUCUUCCCUUCAUAAUAUCCAUCUCUUUCCCUAAUCAAACGCUAAUUGCGAUUUGGAUAUGCAACCUCACAGUUCCCAUUUCUAUAGGACGACACACUGUUCUCCCAUAUUGGCUUGGAAGCUUCUGCCCGAACCCAUGCACAUCAAGCUACCCGAAGAGGAUACCUUUUCGACGUAUGCAUGCAUGCAUGGGAUAAGAAGAUGACAAUAACAGUUACGUAAAAGUGAACCUCUCCCAUGCCUAUGCCCUAUUCUCCUAACAGCCCAGUCGUCAUGCUUCACUCCCAACAUCUCUAUAGAUACCUCCUCCGAUCCCUAACCCUACCUCCAUCCUGUGUUUGGUUUCUCCUCGUUCACCACCAUGGGGAGAGCAUUCUUGUUCGCUGCCUUUCUCGUUGCGGUAGCAUUCUCCAGCUUGCCAUUGGUUGGGGAUGACAUCGCGUCGGAGGAGAAGCUCUUGGACUUGUACGAGAGGUGGCAGAGCCACCAUGGCGUGUCACGCAGCGUCGACGAGAAGCGCAUCCGCUUUGAUGUUUUUAAAGAGAACGCUAACUUCGUGUUCGCGUCCAACAAGAAAGGCAAGCCUUACAAGCUUAGCCUCAACAAGUUCGGCGACAUGGCGAGGGAGGAGUUCAAGAGGACGUACGCAGGGACGAGGAUUCGUCGCCGCAGCACUCUGAGAGGAAGCGCGAGCCUCAAAGGGUACUUCUUAUACAAGAACGUCACCGAUGUAACUCCUACCGUCGACUGGAGGCAGAAGGGUGCCGUCACUGCUAUCAAAGACCAAGGCAAAUGCGGAAGUUGCUGGGCCUUCUCGACAGUAGUUUCGGUGGAGGGAAUAAACCAGAUCAGAACCAACGAGCUUAUCUCCUUGUCAGAGCAACAACUGGUGGAUUGCGACACCAACACCAACAAAGGGUGCGAUGGAGGUAUGAUGGAUGAUGCAUUCGACUUCAUCGAAAGAAAUGGAGGAAUCACAACAGAGGAAAACUAUCCUUAUGUAGCUCGACAAGAACAAUGCAAAGUAAAAAGAGAGAGAUCUCCUGCGGUUGUGAUCGAUGGAUAUGAGGACGUUCCCGUCAACGACGAGGAUGCGUUGCUGAGAGCAGUGGCGAACCAACCUGUAUCAGUAGCAAUCGAAGCAAUCGGUCAGGACUUCCAGUUCUACUCCGAGGGUGUCUUCACAGGGAGCUGUGGAACAGAGUUGGAUCAUGGAGUGGCCAUCGUAGGCUAUGGGACAUCUAAGGAUGGGAUGAAGUACUGGAUAGUGAAGAACUCAUGGGGACCAGAGUGGGGCGAAGAGGGCUACGUGAGGAUGCAGCGUGGGAUCUCGGCCAGCGAGGGGCUGUGUGGUAUCGCCAUGGAAGCUUCUUAUCCUCUUAAGACAUCUCCAAAUCCAGUGCAGAAGAAGCUGCAUCUUUGAUGAGGGCUGAAAGCUAUUUGUUGCUGCCAAAAGAAGAUUAAGUAGCUGCUUUGAUCAUUCACCUUUAUCAAGAACUUUCGAAGGCUUUACACUGUAUUCUUUAAUGCUACAACCAC